AUGCUACAAAUAAGACGCAUCCCUAAGGAAUAUACAACUAUUGUACUUCGAAGUAGCUAUUCAUCUUCAACAAAGAAGAUACGAAUACCAGACUGGAGAGCCAGGGAGAAACAGCCUUCAAAUAAAGCACCAAAGAUAAACCAUUCAUUCAAUGGGGAUGACUCUUUCUUCAAGGACUUGUUUCAAAACCGACCAAAAAUAGUAAGGACAAAUAUAGGAGAACAAUCUAAUGUUGAGGCACUUAGGAAGCUUAUAAAGAAUAAGCCAAAGAUAACUAAACCUACAGAUAUGUCAGAAGUGAAACUUGAUCUUUCAAAAUCAAAUAAACAAUUGGUGAAAAUGAUUCAAAAUAAAUCACAAAAGAACAACAAAGAAAGAUACGAUAUUCCAUCUGAAGAUUGGUUGAAGAAUUUUUCUGAAUCCGAAAUUAAGGAAAUUAGUAGGCUUUUCAAGAAAUUGGCAACAACUGCAAAAGUAUCAGGUAAAUCUAUGGACCAACCAAUAAGUAUUGGAGAUUUGGUUACUUUGGGUACGGAAAAUUUAAGACUAUAUAUGGUUGUUGGAACUCCCAAAAUCAUUUGA